AAGCGUUUGUGCUCUCUUCCCAUUUUUUUUAGCGGAAUAUUUUGCGGAAAGUAUGCCUAAAAGGCUUUUUCAGAAGACCUUUACCUUCAGCUCUAUUGUUAGAUGGCUCAACUUUCGUUGCUUCGCUUUAUCACUGGGCAUUGUUAGUCUUACAUCGUUAGCACUUGUGUUUUAUGGAGGUUUCAAUUUGAGAACAUCAAACACGAAAGUCACGAAACUUCGUAAUCAAAUGUUAGUGAAUGUUCCCAAGAACAGAGCAGCCUAUGAUCCUGCCGCUUGUAAGCUGCCCGUUUUAGAUCCAUUUCACCCCAGCGUGGUUAACUUUAUAAAAGAUCUUGGCAAACUCAGUUGCGUUGGUGUCAGUUAUUCUAGUUUCGAAGACAACGUGCUUCGAGUUGAAGGCGAAGGCAUCGUCUCCGCACAAUACAGAAAGAUCGAAAGGCCUGAGGGGAACGAUUUUCGUGUGGUUCUUUCGGAUCCAGUUAAAGUUCCAAACAAGAGCGGGAGUCGAGCGUCAACGACAGACCAGAAAGGAAUCUUCAGUGGAAAUGUAUCGGUUGAUUACGACUUCAUCCGAGUAGACGUCGAGACAUCUUCAGGUGAGACCAAAAGUGACGUUCACAUGCACGUGUUUCCUAAAAAGGAAGUUCUCAAACGGGAGCAGAAACCUGGUGGUAUUCCACUAAAUGUAGCACUGAUCAUGUUCGAUUCCACAUCACACGCUAAUUUUAAAAGAAAAUUGCCCAAAAGCUUGGAAUAUCUGACCAAGAACUUAAACACCGUCUUUCUGCAAGGAGAGACGAUCAUAGGGGACGGCACCACUGCGCAGCUGUGUGGAAUGCUCACUGGAAUCGACGAGAAUAAACAACCUGAGGCUCGACGGAGAAUGAGCGGCUCACAACCUGUUGACAGAUGGCGCUGGAUUUUCAGAAAUUACAAUGACAAAGGAUAUGCUACUAUGUUCUCGGAAGACACUCCAGUGUAUGCAGCCUUUAAUUACCGUCUACAUGGUUUCAGAGACCCUCCAACAGACCAUUUCGCCAGACCAUUCUGGAUAGAGACAGAUAAACUUUUAAAUGGAAAAUGUAUCAAUAACAGACCUGCUCAUAACGUAUCUCUCAAUUAUUUGUUAAGUUUCUUUCGAAGUUACAAGAACCGGCCUAAUUUUGCGUUCUCAUCUCAUGCUUCGAUUUCACAUGAUGACGUAAAUACGAUCGGUUAUGUAGACGAAGACCUGACGACUUUCUUGCAAACAUUCCAGCGAGAAUCAUUUGAAAAGAAUACCAUGCUGAUUAUUUUCGGGGACCAUGGGCAUCGGUUCGCUGGUCUGCGAAAGACAAUUCAGGGUAAACUAGAAGAGAGGUUUCCAUUUAUGUCAAUCAGUCUGCCUAACUGGUUUCUUGACAAGUAUCCAGACCUCCACAAAAAUCUGGUCCAAAACUCUCGUGUUCUAACAUCACCCUUUGACGUUUAUGCCACAUUACGUCACGUACUGUCAUAUCCACAGUAUCCAAGCGAAAUUAUAACUGGUCAAAGCUUGUUCAGCCGGAUUGAUGAGAGAAAUCGGACGUGCGCAAGCGCAGGUGUGGAAGAUCACUGGUGUCCCUGCCUUGAUUUGGAAGCCGUGCCGGUGAAUGAGCCCGCAGUCAAGGAAUCAGCUGAGUUUGUCCUCAGGCACAUGAACAAUUUAACGUCACAAAGCGACAAAUUGUUAAAGCUAUGUCAGCGGAUGAAACUAAAAGAAAUAAAGAACGCUUUCCGCGAGAUGCCGAAAGAAGCCAUGCAGAGAUUUGUAGACUCCAAAAGAGGCGCUCACGAUGAAUGUGAUUCCUGUGGUGUGGUGUUGGGUGAAAAAUCGGUUAAUACUCUUGCUAUGGACACUUUGUAUCAGUUACAGUUCGUGACAUCUCCAAACGAGGGAUUUUACGAAGCUUCGGUGAGAAUGAAGAAGGGUGUUCCCUCACUAGUGGGAGAUAUCAGUCGAAUUGAUGCUUACAAGGAUCAACCAUAUUGCAUCGCGUCUUCCUACCCACGUCUAAGGAAAUACUGCUAUUGUUCUCCGAAAUAGAAAGAGGCCAUUGAGAACGCAGGUUAAAAACAAGUACUUUGCUCAUAGUGCUGGAAAUUGUGAGUGAUCAAGUCACUGUAGACCUGCUUCAUGCAUGGCAGUCGUAACUCUUUCACUCCCACGAGUGAUCAAAAACGAAGUUCGCGCUGCAAUAUCUAUUUUAUUUCAAGCAGCAAGGCGAUGAGAUGUGAGAAAAAAUGAACAAAUGAGAACAAUAGAACAAGUAAUAAAAAGAAAAUGAGUAGGAAGAAAGAGAACAAGUGAGAAACAUUGGUUUACUGUUAUUAUAUUUAUGCAGGUAAAUUAGUCUCAAUGGGGUUAACCGAUAGCCGUGAAAUAGCAAGAAAAUUUAGCCGUUAGGCGUAAAAUUUGACGUAUUUUAACUAAUAGUCGUAAAAGCCAUCACCCCAUUGGUACCCUCUAACUAGAGUUUCGAACAAAAGCGGAGAAAGUCUCCUUGUCACGCAAGUGGAAGACUACAUGACGUCAUAAUCC